GUUUUAUCAUCUGGACUCGGGCUGUCCUUCAAAAAGGCGGCCGGGCAGGAGAGGUCCACGGCCAAGACAAAGCUCCCGGGAAUCCCUAGGCAAAAGGGCGACCUUAUUCAUUUCCAACUUGCACCAUUCCCCAUCCGCUCGUUCCAUCGCAUUGCUCUCAGUGCAUUUUCUGGUUCUGGCUUUGGCUUUCGCUGCAGACCUGCCAGGCUCGCGCUCAUGCUCAGGCCGGGCCUCGCAUCUUGCACAGCGCGCAUCCCUCUGCUCAUCUCCGUCCGGCGUCUUCAUUGGUAGACCGCACAGAGGCUCGGGCCCCUUCCGCCUUCUCAUCCCACACGCCCUGCCCUGUCUCGCCCUGUCCGUCCAUCUCCCGGCUUUCAUACCGUCAGCAUUCUUCCGUUUUACCUUUCUUACCCCCCCCUCUUUCCGCCCGGUCUUCGACGUUGCGUUGGAUCAUGGACGGCUCAAGCCAAAACAACACUAAUCUCGCCUCGAGCAACUCCUCGCGACGGAGACUUACAAAGAAACCCCCCAGCUCGCACAGCCAGUACCAGCACCAGUACCAGCACCGCAGCUCCAACAGCAUCGAUGGUCGGUUUGACUCUCAAUCUAUCCAGAGCAAACGCAGCUCCACGAGUCUGAGGCGAGCGCCAAGUGCUCCACCCGCAAGGACUCCCACCUCCAACGCGUCAAACAGUUCCUCACCACGGCAUCCUCCCACCACUUCCACUUCCGGGGCCACUUAUUCCCAGCGCUCUCUCAAUCCCUCCCCCGUCGUGCCCAGCAGCGAGUUUGCCGGCCUCUCCUUCUCAUCACACCCCCAAUCUGCCACUGCCAACCGCGACCCUACCCGCAGGGACCACUAUCGUCUGUCCGAUCCCCACAACAACAAUCUUAAUCACGGCACGGCCUCGGCCACGUCCACUCAUCAUCGCCUCCAUUCCAAGGCUUCCGAAGAAUUCAUCGGCGCCCCAUUCGACGGAUCUGCGAUCCUCAACCGCAUCGAAGCCACGAAAUCCCCCACCACACACCAGCGACCGUCGAUCCCACACGCCGCCUACACCUCACCAGAUCCCCGUGUCCCUGGCCCGACUCUCGAACAGUCCGCCAGCUUCUCGGCUGCUCCUGACAUCAUGGCCGCCGAGAAGUCACAGGGCGCCAAGGUGUCCGAGAAUCAAUUGAACGGGCCCAAGAGAUUCUCGGACGAGGCGAAGGAGCCCAAGAUGCCGUCCGUCCUCAGGAAGAAGUCUGGCUUCACCGGCUUCAUGACCAGCCUGGUCGGCUCACCCAAGAAGCCCCUCAUCUCAGCGCCCGAGAAUCCUGUGCAUGUCACCCAUGUCGGCUAUGACAGCUCAACCGGCCAGUUCACGGGACUACCAAAGGAAUGGCAACGCCUGAUCAACGAGAGCGGCAUCCCUGAGAAGGACAGACAGGCGAACCCCCAAAUGCUGGUCGACGUGCUCACAUUUUACAAGGAGACAACAGAGAAGCCUCACGAGGACCAGAACCUGGAGAAGUUCCAUGAUGUUCGAGCCCCCGAGAUGCGCCAGAUGAGCUCUCAGCCUGGGUCGGCCACGUUGCCCCCACCUGGAUAUACGGGUAUGUCACCUAUGAUUAGCCCGCCUGCUAGCCCGCGGUUUCCUCAGAAUAUUGAAGGCAGUUUCGAAAAUCCCCGGUCCCCUCCUCCGGUCCCGAAAGGUUUUGGUUCCCAUCCUCCCAAGGAUAUCAACCUGAUGCCCAACCGGCCAGCUCCCAAGCCCCCGGUCUCCAUGUCGCACCGCGCGAACGCCCCGGCCCCCUACCCGACCAAAGAUUCCGGCAUCGGUAUGCCAGCAGCCAGCGACGAAGGCCCAUACAACCACCCGAAGGAGCCCCCGACUAUGCUACCCGAAGAGCACCGGUCAAGGUCCAGGUCGAACUCCCGUGUCAACGUCCCCACCACCCCUGUCGCCGCGCCCUCCCCUCCUGUCCAGCCCUCCCCGGCCGCAUACCAGCAGCAGUUGAUGCAGCAGCAGCAAGAACAGGCGAUGGCACAGGCGCAAGCAGCAAUGACGGGCCAGCCCGGCCGAGCCCCGAGCAAGAGACAGCAGAACCAGCAGCCAACCCCACCUCAGUCGCAACACCAGUUCACACGAGGCCCUGAGCAGAACGGCGCGCAGCGACCGCCGCAGCCGCAAGCUGGCGCAGUGCCCGGCGCCAGGCCCCGCCAGCGACAACAGAGACAUAGCAACGGGAUCGACGUCAUCGCCCAGCUCAAGCGCAUCUGUUCGGAAGGUGAUCCUCGAGAGAUCUACCGAGGAUUUUCAAAGAUCGGCCAAGGUGCCUCUGGUGGCGUGUUUACUGGACACGAGAGGGGCAGCAACCGGCUGGUUGCCAUCAAACAGAUGAACCUCGAGCAGCAGCCCAAGAAGGACCUGAUCAUCAACGAGAUCCUGGUCAUGAAGGAGAGCUCCCACCCCAACAUUGUCAACUUCAUUGACAGCUACCUCUGCGGAGGGGAGCUCUGGGUAGUCAUGGAGUACAUGGAGGGAGGAAGUCUCACUGACGUUGUCACCUUCAACAUCAUGACCGAGGGACAGAUUGCGUCGGUCUGCAGAGAGACUCUGAAGGGCUUGCAACAUCUCCAUUCCAAGGGUGUCAUUCAUCGCGAUAUCAAGUCUGACAACAUCCUGCUGUCGAUGGAGGGCCAUAUCAAGCUUACUGAUUUUGGGUUCUGCGCUACCAUCAAUGAGGCCCAUAACAAGAGAACGACUAUGGUCGGAACACCGUACUGGAUGGCUCCCGAGGUUGUCACCCGCAAGGAAUACGGAAGGAAGGUUGACAUCUGGUCACUCGGUAUCAUGGCCAUCGAAAUGAUUGAAGGAGAGCCGCCAUAUCUGACAGAGUCACCUCUGCGGGCUCUCUGGCUCAUUGCUACGAACGGUACUCCGACCAUCAAGGACGAGAACAGCCUGUCAGCAGUUUUCCGGGACUUCUUGUACUUCGCUCUGAAGGUGGAUCCCGAGAAGCGAGCGAGCGCGCAUGACCUCCUGAGACAUGAAUUUAUGAAAGAAUGUGUUGACUUGGGCCAGCUGUCACCCCUCGUGCGCGCAGCACGUGAGGCCAGGGCCCAGGAGAAGGCGCGCAAAGGCGGCCAAUGAGCGAACCUAAUACCCAAGUCCACAUCGACUAUUUGUUUCGCACAAGCGAUUAGCCUUUGUAAACAAGAUCAGCGUCUACAUCGCCCACAUCGCCAAUAUCAACACUCCCAUAUACCGAUUCGCCUGCAUAUAUUCGGCCGCAGACUUGCAGCGUUUUCAUGGUUCUGCCUGGUCACAUUUUCGAUUACUGCACAUGCGGAAGCCGAUUGACACCUCACUCAUCUCAUUGAGCACCUGGUUCAAGGUCCAAGGCGACUAGCUGAGAGGUUCUGAGAACAUGCUCAGGAGGAAGGCACUUGAGAACUGACCACACAUCCCUGGAGGUUAGAACAAUCCCUGCCUCGGAAGACCCAAGGGGGCGUGUUCAGCAGCGGUCUGGAUAGUUGCGACAGAGGCAAUUUUGAUGACGGAGCCGGCAGCUUACCUCAACCUCGUCCUUUCGGCAAACUUCAGUGCCGGAUGGUAUCAAUUUCUGCUCUUUCUGUGUCGUCCGGGAGAGCGAGAGAGUGUAUUGACUCUGAAAGGAGAGAGAGAGAGAGAGAGAGAGCAGCCGUGGCCGGUUUGGCCAUUACGAUAUGGAUGCAUGAAUGGAAGGGGAUAUGUACAACCAUGUUUUUUCUACUUUGCUCAGCUGCAAAGAACCCAGCAAUGCUGGAUGAGAGACGACGAUCAGGGCUGGCAGUCGUCUGCUUCGUGGGUCGAAACGGCCAUUUGUAUGGAAAAUCAUGUAUUGAUCAUAUGGAAUAUCAGGGCGAUGGGCAGGCCUGAAGGAAGACUACCCGUGUUCGGGAUAUGGGUGCGGUGUGAAUGGGUUCAGCAAGCGGCUUGCACCCUAGGCUUCUCAACUUCAAGCUCUCAAUUCAUUUGGCCGAGACACCAUUGCGGGAGUCACCAGGGGCGUUGAUAGGAAUGAAAGGACCGGCCUGGCAAGACGGUCAUUGGUCCUCAAUGGGAGAGAGAGUCGAAGCACCCACAGUGGGUCACAGGUGCUUUGCCACACUUCAGGCUAUGUUAGUGGUUGUUCCGGUAGUAGAGGACACGUGGAAAUUCGAAACCGGUCUCUUGUAAAAA